AUUAUAGAACCGUUAUCUUUUUUUAUUAAUUAAACUUGUCUAUGUAUUGUUUUAGGCUCAAUAUGAAAAAAGGCGCACGCAUAAAUUACUUCCUUGUAAAUUACCUACUUUGUUUAAUUUCAAUUUUUCUUAUGCUUAUAACUUAACAACUGCAUAUAGCUUAGGUAUUAAAACACUCGAGUCGGCCUAUUAUCGCUUUUUAUUACAGACUCUCGUAUUUUAAUACCCCUUCUUGUAUGACAGUUGCAUAAACUAUUAUUUUAAUAUUAUUACAAGUUAAAUCAACCAUUUUAUUGGGUCGUAUGUAUUCCUUUUUCUGUUUAUUUUUUUUUAAUCUAAUUCAUAUUUGUAAUUCAACAAUACCUGUAUACAUAUAUUUGUUACCCUAAUAUUAAUGAAACUAGACCGCGUUCUAUUUUCCUUGAAACAAGUGUUAUAUAUUUAUGCGAAUUGUAUUGUGGUUAUGUUUGUAGACGGUUCGUCCGAGUGGUGCGUGGUAGCGAGACGGCCGGGGACACAUCCACAACCAUCUACCAGCGCACAGGUACAAGUACACAACCAACAAAGCGACGAGUCAAUACCAGUGAACGAGUCGAUAAUAUCACUACUGAUGAAACUACACUCGCAACUGUCGGGGAAACUCGACUCAUUCUCACUCGAGGAGGCGCCGCCCGAGACAGACGAGCCUAUAGGCGACGGCCCGUACUUCAUCGGGCAAGUGCUGCGCGCGCUGGCCCAGCUGGACGUGCGGUGCGCGGCCGCCAUACAGCACGUGCGCCACUCGCUGUGGCCCAACCAGCGCGAGCGGCAGGCGGAGCAGCGCGCCAGAGAGAGGCGGGAGAAAGAGGAGCGGUCGCGUCGCGCGCGCGAGCGGCAGGCGGCGGUGAUGCGCGAGUUCGCGCGGCGGCAGCAGCAGUUCAUGUCGCACGUGCGCGCCGCCGCGCAGCACAUGGAGUGGGACGAGGACCGCGCGCCGCCCGAGCGGCACUACGACUGCGUGAUCUGCAACACCACCGCGCCCGCCUCCCACCACGACCCCAUCGGGCUGGUGGCGCUGCUGCAGUCCACCUCCGUGCUGGGCCACCGGCGGCGCGCGGGCGGGGCGCACGCGCGCCUGGCGCUCUCCGAGGCGGAGCGCGCGCGCCUGGCGCAGCACCACGACACGGCCGCGGCCGCGCACCACUACCGGAUGCACGACGACCUGCACGCGCACUUCGACCAGGAGUCGUGGCUGCUGAGCGUGAACGUGGGCUGGGAGGGCGGCGUGCACGUGGCGUCGUGCGGCCACCACCUGCACCUGCGCUGCCUGCAGCUGUACCUGCGCGCGCUGGCGGCGCCGCAGCGGCCGCACAACCUGCACGUGGACCGCGGCGAGUUCCUGUGCCCCGUCUGCCGCCAGCUCGCCAACACCGUGCUGCCGCGCGCGCCCCCGCCGCCCCCGCCCCCGCCCACACCCGCCCCCGCCCCCGCCCCCGCCACGUCCGACGCCGACCAGGUGCGCCAGAUGCUGGCCACCAGAGCGCCGCCCCCGGUACGCACUUAUUCAUUAGCUUAUGAGAGACUCUCCUUUAAACUGGAGUCUUUAGACUAUAUCUAAAGAGUUGGGAUUAUAUUAGUC